GAUACGCCCCGAUACAUCUAGCAAUUAUGAGCUUUCGCACCGGGAUACUGGAGUACCUCAUCGCCUCUGGCGCUGAUAUUAACGCCCAAGGGAGCGAUGGAUUGACUCCAUUAGAGACUGCAGCCUACCGAAAUCCGUGUAAUGUAAUGGUGAAGAUGCUGUUGGAUGCGGGGGCGCGAAACCCGUGGGUAGAAUCUGGUCUUAUUGAGAUGACGAUUUGUGAUACGAGCGACGAAGAUGACGAUGAAUACGACUAUUAUUGAAGACCCUUUAAGUCUGGUACUAAUAACAAAUAAGCUUAUAUUAAUCAGCCC